AUGACUUCAGAGACAAACUGGCCAGAGGUGUCUCAAUGGAGUCCGGAUCAGUUGAGAACUCUUUGGAACCAACUCCAAGCACAAGUAAACCCAUUUGCGCAGGUUUUGUGCUUGGAUGGCAAUCUGUACCGUAUGCUUGACAAUGGAGCAAAAGCCUUCAUUGCCCAGAACUUCAUAAACCAUGUCAAAGAAUCAGUGUUAUACUGUAUCGAUGGGACUGGUCAUGAUCGUGUUUUUCUGGGGGCUCCACGCCAUUUCGUCGCAGGAUGCGGCAUGAUUCUUCAACCUCGAGGUUCUGAGCCGUUUUGGAUCGUCCGUUCGGAAACAAAAGUAAAAACUGCGACAGUUUGCCCGCCAUCGAUUCCAGAAAAGACGACGAAAAUUCCCCGUCCACCAAACGCAUAUAUUUUGUACCGCAAGGAGCGACAUAAUACCGUCAAAGAGGCGAAUCCAGGAAUCACAAAUAAUGAGAUUUCACAAAUUCUGGGCCGAGCAUGGAACCUUGAGUCCAGAGAGGUUCGACAAAAGUACAAAGACAUGGCCGACAGGAUCAAGCAGGCCCUCUUAGAAAAACACCCCGACUACCAAUACAAGCCCCGAAAGCCGUCGGAAAAGAAACGCCGGACAAGAAGGAACACCCAAGCGCAGAUUGUAGUCUCAUCCACCGCCGACGACUUCCCCAUCUCGUCCCCCGAAAGCGGAAUCCCCCUCACAGCCAGUCCGCCCAGCACCCACGACGCAAACUGA